AUGCCAGGGGCUUCCACCAAUGAAUUCCCAGAAACGGAUUCCCACGCCCGUCGAUCAAUUCCCUACCUGCCUGGCUCGCUUCAAUCCGCCGUCCCGACGAAAAGGUCGGGUCCGUCUCAAAUGCUUCCACAGCCUAAAAGACACAUGCGGGACACCGAUACUGACUCUGUCUAUAUCAUCGAUAAGGCUCUAAACUUGCUGCGUGAGGAUCUUGAAUCGAGACAUUCGGCCUCUGCGACAUUUCCACCGGUGCUGACUGAAGCUCAAAUAAGAGCCUCCAUUGCCCAAUAUCAGGAAUCUAUAGAAAAUGCCUCAAAGCAAGGUGUGUGCUCAUCCUGUGGGAGGUUUGUGCCGGUUUCGGAGAUUGUAGAGAUGGAGGACAGCGACCCUUUGCUUGAGCCGCUAGCUGCCCACCUUGACUACUGUGGCAAACAUGACGACGAGUGGGAUAUAUGUUUGACCUACCUCAAGUCUCUAUCCCAAAAUUCUGUGCCGAAAUUUUCUGCUUUGAACCGUGUGAACAUGACAAUGUGUCAAAACUAUCCGUCGGCGCUUGAAGGCCUCACCCCAGUCGAGGAGUGUCUUAUUGCUAGGAGUCAUCCCCUCGGAAUAAUUUUGAAGUUGCGCCCUGGCGGCCACACGUAA